CCUGUCAACAGAUAUUUCAAUGAAGCCUCAAUAUCAUCAUUAGAACCAGAACCAUUGCCAAUGCUAAUAGAAGAUGUUAAUAGUUGUGCUGCUUAUCUUCGAAUUUGGGAUUCUCAUUAUGAUUAUUGUAUAAGAGAAAUCGGAAACCAGGAUUACAAAAUG